CGCCGCGGGUGGCUGCGGGGUGGCGGAUCCCGACUGGGCCUCUUAUAAGCUGGGCAUCUUCAUCUGUCUGAACUGCUCCGGCGUCCACCGCAACUUCCCAGACAUCAGCAAAGUUAAAUCCGUGAGACUUGACUUCUGGGACGACAGUAUUGUGGAGUUUAUGACCCACAACGGGAACCUCCGUGUGAAGGCCAAGUACGAAGCCAGAGUCCCUGCUUUCUACUAUAUCCCCCAGGCCAACGACUGCCUGGUCUUAAAGGAACAAUGGAUUCGAGCUAAGUAUGAGAGACAGGAAUUUAUGGCUGAUGGGAAGACCAUCUUACCCCCAGGUAACCGAGAAGGGUUCCUGUGGAAGCGGGGAAAGGACAACGCGCAGUUCCUGAGAAGGAGGUUUGUCCUCCUGGCAAGAGAAGGCCUCCUGAAGUACUACACUAAAGAAGAGGGUAAAAGCCCCAAAGCUGUCAUCAGCAUCAAGGACUUGAAUGCCACCUUCCAGACAGAGAAGAUAGGGAACCCCCACGGGCUGCAGAUCACCUACAGCAGAGAGGGGCACAUCAGGAACCUGUUUGUGUAUCACGAGAGUGGGAAGGAGAUAGUGGACUGGUUCAAUGCCCUCCGUGCAGCCCGUCUGCAAUACCUAAAAAUGGUCUUUCCUGAGCUCCCAGAGUCUGAGCUCGUGCCCCUCAUCACCAGGAACUACCUCAAACAAGGCUUCAUGGAAAAGACUGGCCCAAAGCAGAGAGAACCUUUCAAGAAAAGGUGGUUCGCCCUGGAUCCCCAGGAGCGGAGGCUGCUCUAUUACAAGAACCCACUGGACGCCUUUGAGCAAGGCCAGGUUUUUCUCGGGAGCAAUGAGCAGGGGUACGAGGUAUAUGAGGACCUGCCCAAGGGCGUCCGAGGGAAUCGCUGGAAAGCCGGCCUCACCAUCGUCACCCCCCAGCGGAGAUUCAUCUUCACCUGUCCCAGCGAGAAGGAGCAGCGGGAAUGGCUGGAGAGUUUCCGGGAUGUCCUCUCCCGCCCCUUCACACCCCUCAACCUCCUCACAGCAUCAACAGAGAGUGGCUGCAGCAAGAGGUGACCCAUUGGCCGAGGAGCUGGCUGGCCACUGGCCCCCCGGAGCUCCUGGUGGGAAGGAAAGGUUCUCGCCUUGGACUUGGUUGCCCAGCAGGAGUGCCCCACAGUCAGCAGCCAUUGCUGGCAGUAAACUCUGCCAAGACUGAAGCUUUGGCCUUUACCCACUGGCUCCCUGGGCCUCUCCACUGCCCAGCCCUGAGGGUCUGGGGAUCUGGUACCUAUCCUCCAGGCCCAGGACAUCUGAAAUGAAGGCACUGCAAUGGAAAGGCACCCACAGCAGCAGGCAGAUGGCAUGCUUGCUCAAAAAAGAAAAGAAAAGAAAAGUUUAAUCUGAAUCUAACCAUGAGGACAUAAUCAGACAAACCCACAUUAGGGACAUUCUGCAAAACAACUGGCCUGGAUUCUUCAAAAAUGUCAAUAUCAUGAAAGACAGAGUAGUGUGGAAACUGUUCUGAAUUAAAGG